AUGUCACGAAGGCCAUCAACUUCAACUCAGCGCGGUAUUGGUACUGGCAGCUUGGGGGGAACUUUUCAUCCAAAAUCGAGUUCCCGUCGUUUAUUAUCCAAAACCCUGAUGUUCUUGGGCUUGAUCCUCAUUAUUGGGUAUACUUUUCGUGACUCAGGUGGAGCCCAGGUCAAGGAAUCACUAGCUAGAAUUGAAGAUGAUUUCACAUGCACAUCAGAAGUUCAGAGGGCAAUGCCAUAUUUAAAGAUGGCAUAUGGUGACAGUGUUCACAAAGUUUUGCAUGUUGGACCCGAUACCUGUUCAGUGGUCGAGAAACUGUUAAAAGAAGAAGAAACCGAAGCAUGGGGUGUUGAACCGUAUGAUACAGAGGAUGCUGAUAGGAAUUGCAGAAGUCUAGUGCAUAAGGGCAUAGUGCGCGUUUCUGAUAUUAAGUUCCCUCUACCAUACAGGGCUAAAUCAUUCUCCCUAGUUGUUAUCUCGGAUGCUGUAGAUUAUCUGUCUCCAAAGUACCUGAACAAGACUAUUCCGGAUUUAGCAAGAGUGUCGAGUACUGGUCUUGUUAUUUUUACUGGCUAUCCAGGUCAUUCGAGAGCUGAAGUACCAGAGUUGUCCAAGUUUGGACGCCCGGCGAAAAUGAGGAGCUCAUCUUGGUGGGGAAAGUUUUUCGUCCAGACAGGCUUAGUUGAGAAUGAAGCUGCAGUGAAAAAGUUUGAGCAGUCUGCAACCAAGAGUUCAUACACUUCUAGGUGCCAAAUUUUCCACCUCAAAUCAUAUGACUAA